GAUUUGCUCCCAAAGAGCGGUUUGGUUUCCUGAGAAACUGCGGGUGGACCCUGGGCGCUCCUUCCUUGCCCACGGAGGAGGCGUGUGAGGAAGACCAUUCCGUGCAGACCAGGACACUCCUGCCUGGCCAUCAGGCCUCCUGGCUCCUGGUUCCAGCCUUUUUACCAAAUCCUGUGUGACCCUAGCAGCAAUGGAGGAGUUGAUAGUUGAACUUCGUCUCUUUCUCGAACUCCUGGACCAUGAAUACCUAACGUCAACCGUCAGGGAGAAGAAGGCAGUGAUCGCCGACAUCCUGCUGAGGAUACAGUCGUCCAGAGGUUUCGAAGUGAAGGACCGUGCUCAGAGGCAGGAGACCCCCAACAGCCUGCCGGCUCCGCCCCAGAUGCCUUUGCCGGAGAUCCCUCAGCCGUGGCUGCCACCUGACAGUGGGCCACCACCGCUACCGACAUCCUCUCUCCCGGAAGGUUACUACGAGGAAGCCGUGCCACUGAGCCCCGGGAAAGCUCCAGAAUACAUCACGUCGAAUUAUGACUCGGAUGCAAUGAGUAGCUCUUACGAGUCGUACGAUGAGGAGGAGGAGGACGGAAAGGGCAAGAAGACGCGGCACCAGUGGCCGUCUGAGGAGGCCUCCAUGGACCUGGUGAAGGACGCCAAGAUCUGCGCCUUCCUGCUGAGGAAGAAGCGCUUCGGGCAGUGGAGCAAGCUGCUCUGCGUCGUCAAGGACACAAAGCUGCUGUGCUACAAAAGCUCCAAGGACCAGCAGCCCCAGAUGGAACUGCCCCUCCAAGGCUGCAACAUCACCUACACCCCAAAGGACAGCAAGAAGAAGAAGCACGAGCUGAAAAUCACCCAGCAAGGCACGGACCCGCUGGUCCUUGCGGUCCAGAGCAAGGAGCAGGCCGAGCAGUGGCUGAAGGUGAUCCGAGACGUCUAUAGCGGCUGCAGCGGGCUGGCGGAUUCAGAAGGUCCUCCCCCGUCGAGCUCCCCCGUGCACAAGACGGAGCUGGAAAAGAAGCUGUCUUCGGAGAGACCCAGCUCGGACGGGGAGGGCGUCAUGGAGAAUGGAAUCGCGGUGUGUGAUGGAAAAGAACAAGUUAAGAGGAAAAAAAGUUCCAAAUCAGAGGCUAAGGGAACCGUGUCCAAAGUCACGGGGAAGAAGAUCACCAAGAUCAUCGGCCUGGGGAAGAAAAAGCCCUCGACGGAUGAGCAGACGUCGUCCGCGGAGGAGGACGUGCCCACCUGCGGCUAUCUCAACGUGCUGUCCAACAGCCGCUGGCGGGAGCGCUGGUGUCGAGUCAAGGAUAACAAGCUCAUCUUCCACAAGGACAGGACCGAUCUCAAGACCCACAUUGUUUCUAUUCCUCUCCGCGGCUGUGACGUGAUCCCGGGCUUGGACUCCAGACACCCCCUGACGUUCCGACUGCUUCGCAACGGACAGGAGGUGGCCGUGCUGGAGGCCUCCUCUUCUGAGGACAUGGGCCGAUGGAUUGGGAUUUUGCUGGCCGAGACAGGGUCCUCCACAGAUCCUGGGGCCUUGCACUACGACUAUAUCGACGUGGAGACGUCUGCGAACGUCAUCCAGACGGCCAAGCAGACCUUCUGUUUCAUGAACAGACGCGGGAUCUCAGCCAACCCGUACCUGGGGAGCACCACGAACGGCUACGCACACCCCAGCGGCACGGCGCUGCACUACGACGACGUCCCGUGCAUUAACGGCGCGUGGGACCCCGAAGACGGCCCUCCUGCUUCCUGUGCCCGGGGCCUGGGAGAAGAGGUGCUGUACGAUAACGCGGCCCUGUACGAUAACUUGCCGUCUCCGAAAAUCUUUGCGCGCUACCCGCCUGCUGACAGAAAGGCUUCUAGGCCGUCUCCCGACAAACUGUCCUGUAACCAUUACAAAUACCCUUCCUCCUGCAGUCUGCCUCCCACUAACCCCUCUUGUCUGGGGAGGGCGUCUCUCGGGCUCAGCUCUCAGUUGAAGAGUAAAAAGCCGCCAGUAGCCUCCAAUGGGGUUACGGGAAAAGGGAAGACUGUGAGUAGCCAGCAGAAAAAGGCAGAUUCCGCAGCCGGCGUGAAGCGGACAUCCUCAAAUGCUGACCAGUACAAAUAUGGCAAAAACCGGGUCGAAGCCGAUGCCAAGCGGUUGCAGAGCAAAGAAGAGGAGCUGCUGAAGCGGAAGGAGACCCUGCGGAACAGGCUGGCCCAGCUCCGGAAAGAGAGGAGAGACCUGAGGGCCGCCAUCGAAGUGAACGCUGGCAGGAAGACCCAGGUGGUUCUGGAAGACAAGCUGAAGAGGCUGGAGGAGGAGUGUAAGCAGAAGGAGGCGGAGCGCGUCAACCUGGAGCUGGAGCUGACGGAGGUCACGGAGAGCCUGAAGAAGGCCCUGGCCGGCGGGGUCACCCUCGGGCUGGCCAUCGAGCCCAGGUCAGGGACGUCCAGCCCGCAGUCUCCAGUUUUUAGGCAUCGGACUCUGGAGAGCUCACCCAUGUCCAGCUGCGAGACCAGUGAUGCUGAGGGCCCCGUGCCAGUGAACAGCGCGGCCGUGCUGAGGAAGAGCCAGCCAGCGGGCGGCUCCCCCUGCCGGGGGCACGUGCUACGGAAGGCCAAGGAAUGGGAGCUGAAGAACGGGACGUAGAGCGACGGCAGGACGUCCCGCCGCCACCGCAGGACGCUCCGCCCGUGUGGCCGCCGCCGGACGCCCGGGUGUGUGGCUGACCCCACCGCCGGCGCCCAGACUCGCCCGCGUGUCCUCUUGCUACUGUACUUGUCCCCUCUCACGAAAGUCACUUGUAACCCUUCGGUUUCCACCUCUCCCUGCCGAGGAGCAGAAAGGCGGUAGAGGGGUCCCACGGCAGGUGAGAAGCUGCGUCUUUACAGAGCUCAGCGAGUGCUUUCCCCGGCGUCCCCCGCGCCCGGACUGCAGGUGACCCGCCAGUGCCCUGCCGGAGGCCUCUCGCAGGGGAGCACAGCGCGUGGGCCCUGGGACCGCCCCGCCGUCUGCCGAGGGGAUGGGGUCUCGAUGGCACGCCCUCCUUGUGUCUCGGCGUCCCCCCCCCCACGUGCCUGUCCCCCUCGUCACUAGCGGUGGGCGCGCGGGAACCCCGUGCUGUGAAGCGUCUGUUACCUUUUAACUGGCUUUUCUCUGGACAAAUGCUUUUGUCAAAAACCAUGACAUGAAAAGCUGCCAUUCUUUUUAAACUUUUUAAGAAUUUCUUUUUACCGCGUGUUGCACUUAGCUCCGAGAGUUCCAGAGUCUGAGUCAUAGUCUAUGAAUUAGUUGUACUGCUUCUGAAAGGCGGCAGGGUGUCUCUGCUGCUCCACCAUCGUGUGCCCCCACCUCCCCUUCCCCCAGUGUCCCCAACCCUGAGAGUGUCCCCCAGAGCCUGCAGGUGACCCGCGCUACCGAGCACGGGCGGCCUCACCGGAUGACGGUGGGACUUCCAGUCACAGGAUGGGCCCAUCCCUUGAGAGGGAAGCAGGUUCUGGAAGCCGCUCGGCCUUAGAACGUAGCAUCCUGAGCAGGACGAGCGCUUCCAGCCCCUCCCCCCACCCCCGCCGGCACACCCAGGCCGGAAGAGCAGGUGAACCGGGGCUGCGCCCAGGCCUGCAGGCCGGGGCCGGGUCUCUGCACCCGUGCGGCAUUUCUGAGAACUGCCUAACUCUGCUGGGCCCCCAGAGGGGCCUCUCAGGCAUCCUCGGCUGUGGGGAGGUGCAGCCUCUGACGACAGGAGAGUUGGUCACUCCAGGAUCCCUCUGCAGACACAUUCGGGGCACAAGUCACACCACGGGGGGGGGGGGCGCUCCCUGCUGAGAUGCAGGAGCCCAGUGGGGCAAGCCUUUCAUCCAGAACGUCUUCCCUACCAACUAGAGGGAUAGAAGGCAAGAAAGGUCUCUGUGCUUCCCCCUGGCGUGCCCGCAGAGCCCCUCCUGGGCUCAGCCACCCUCCUGCAGGCCGUCCUCAGGCUUGGAGUCAGACCAGCGCCAGCGCCCUUGGGCCCCACGUGGCCGUGUGCGAUUUGGGAUGUAGAGCAGGCGAACAGCUUCCCAGGCGGGAGACGGUUUCCAACGGGCAGCGGGGACGGGAGUGGAGCCCGGCAGAGAUGCAGGCCCCCUUCCCACGUUAGCGCCUCCAGGAAAUCGAGGGGGGUGCCCCCCAAAGCCUCCGGGCCCAUCUUCCCAGCUCUGUCGGGAGGAGCCCUGUCCUGUUGUCUGUCUGCGUGGGAAGCCGGGCAGCCUUGCACUCUACGAAGCUGAUUUUCUGUAAAAGGAAAAGGUUUGAUCCGCCAUAGACUUUUGCUGCCUUCUGGUCAAAUAAGGUUUCUCAAAGUAAGGCGCUUGGGCCACCCUGCUUGACAGCCACCUCGGCCCAAGCAGCUGGCAGGUUCCGACCGUUAGGAGGGAAAACGUGAGCAGCCCAUGGCCCUGACUGUGGCCCCGCACAGCCAGGGAGACCCCAGGCAGCAUGGGGACCCUGACCCCGUGCGUUUGCCCAAGGACACAGCCCACCGGCUCUGGGAUUUGGACCCUGGUCCUCGGACUCCUGGCAUACACAUUCCGAGUCUAAACAACAUUCGCUUUCAUCAGCAUCAGCCCUUUAAAGAGGCUGGCGGGCUGGGGCGGAUCCUGCUGGGUCCACGGAGCUGUGGGCAGUGGGUCACGUGGAGGGUGAGGCUGCCACCCCGGGGGCCCCUGUGAUGUGUGUUCCCCUCCGUGUCUUUAGAUUUGAUCAGAAAGUAAGGUGAAAGGAUUUGCUUCCAAAUAAGUUAUUUAUUUGUAUAUGUUCAAUAAAUUGUUUUUAAUUUAUAUUUGUACAUAUUAGACACACGAGACGUCUUGUCGGGUUCAGGCAGCGAUGUCAUUUUACGGCCGUCCCCAAGCCCCACCCAGUGGCCGCAAGCUGAGGUGCGGAGCAGGCUGGCCCGGGGGGGCUUACCCCACCGGUAGACAUCCUAUUCCCUUCGAGGUGUCCCCUGUUCGCCGAGCGCUGGCCAGACUGUGACAGGAUCCUGACCCAAAGUGGAGGAGCGUGGUGGCCGUGCACAUGGGGCCACGUCUGUGGGUCAUGGCUGCUUCCCUUCCGCCUGCAGCCCCACCGUCAGCCUUGGGGCUCUGCUCUGGCUGUGUUUCGGUCAGAUGUGAGCAACCUUCAAAAUCCCCUCAGUGUUGAGUGUUUAUCAUGUUUUAGAGUCACUCACCAACCUUUCACACAGAAAGUGAUGGUGACGGGCUUGCUGUGUCACCUGUGGCACGGGACAGGUGGAAGCAAUCACGUUUCCCCUCAUGAGUCCUUAGGGGGUGGGAGGUGGGCGUCAGAGCAGCCAGCCCCGCCCUCACUGGGCUUCUGGUUGGUUCCACUGCCUGGUAACCAGUGUGGGUCUGUGGAUCUUUCCAGAGUCUUCUCUGGGUGACCAUGCAUAUGCCGUGGCAUAAACCCGUCCUCUCCCCCUUUUCACACACCUUGGUGUUACCAAACCCGAUCGUCCUCCUCAUUCACUUCAACUGUCCGAGUUCCAGAAACCCCAAACCACUCAGGUUGGAGAUGGGCCGCCUUCUGCGAAGUCCGUUUCAAACAGUGUGUGCGCUCAGCCCCGAGGGCCGCCCUCAGGAAGGAGAAUCAGCCCCGUUUUUACGGAGGCAACGAUCGGGACGUGUGUGCAGGUUUGCACGGGGACAGGCGUGAGUCUGGGGGCUGCCGUCACGCUCUCGGGAAGGGACAGGCCUCACAGCAGGCGGUGCUCUGGGUUUGCUCGCCCAGUCGUGACGGGACCUCCCGAGGGUGGGCAGCGGAGUGGGUGCCCAGAGUGGGACCCCUGGCGCCAGCCAAGACCCAUGCAGCCAGCCCGCACGCGCCUUCCGGGCGGCCUCUCCCAGGACAGCCACCGUCCCCACCUCUCCUGGCUCAGCAAGGGGCAUCACUCAGAUGUUAAACUGUUGCCUUCCUCGUCUUGUUUUUUCUAAAAUAAUUUUUUAACGAGAAAUUUUUCAAAUCUAUGGCAUUGUUUUAAAGAGAGUAAUUCUUACUCUUAUUUUGUUCCUGUUGUCACUGGCUCAUCACUAUCCCCAUGACGGGCUGGGUUGAUACUGUGAAUACACGAAGGUAAACUGUACCCCAUGCCCCGCGGUGGGCGCAGCCUCUCCCACGAGCGCCCCCUGCAGGCAGCUCGUCUCCGCGAAGACCCCGUUGCGCUGGCUCCCAGGCUUCCUGUGGCCCCUGUUCCCUGAAGGGUGUGGGCUGCCCCCCUCAGGCAGAGGCCCCUCCCCGCCGCGGGCAGGUGUCCCCAGGUGUUCCUGGUUGUGGCCAGGAAGGCGCUUUCAACACGGGAGCACUAGAUCGUGAUUCUUAGGGACCAAAGGUGUUUUUAAUAAGAUAAUCUUUGUAUUUGGUUUUCUAACAAGAAACAGUGACUUUAAAUUUUAACACCAACUUUUAAAUUAUAGGUAUUUAGCAUUCAUUGACCAUGGCUCUAAGUUGUAAAAUGUUUUCAUAUUAAGAUUGUAAUUAUUUCCUUACUGUAUUUUUUAAAAACUAAAGUCGUAUUUAAAAUUCUCUUUGAAAGAAACAAGCAAGAAACCGCAAAGAUUUUUUUUAAUUAAAUAUGUUGGCAGUGCCCGUUUUAAAGGACUGUAAAUAUAUUUUCACUGUGUUUCUCAAUGUAUUUAAUUCAUAAAAAACUUUUAUUAAAGGAAAUUUCCAACAGAAAUACCAGUUUUCAGGCCGUUUGCUCCAUGUUAUAGGCACCUCACCUGAAUUUUCUGCUUUACUAACUGAUUUUUCUACUGUUUCACAUGGUGUAGCCCGCGACUGGCGCCCUCCGGCGUGCCUCGUUUCUGUGUUAUCAAUAAAGCUGUAUGCUUCCA